AUGCCUGCUGCAUCGAAACAGAAGUCACCACCACUGAAAGCACUACAAACUAAACUUCGCGGCUUGCAGACAUCUUUCAACAAUAUGUACCAGUUCAUGCAACUGUGCCGUACCGAUACUAAGCUGGUAGAGGUCAACGUUCGACUGGAGCAGCUGGAUCCAAUGUGGGAUAAGAUGAUAGAGGCCCUUGACGAACUAGAAUCUCACGAAGAGACACCCGAUAACACCGAAGACUUCGUUAAAGAUCGGAUUGAAUUCGAAAAUCGAUUUUACGAAUUGAAAUCGUUUCUCGUCGACAAAAUUAAAGAAGAUGGUGAUACAAGUGCACUCAAUCAGACUACUCGCUCACUCGAUAAUGCCCCCACCGGUUCCACUCCACAUGUGCGUUUACCGCAAAUAACCCUUCCAAGAUUUGAUGGAAAAAUUGAUGAAUGGCUUACAUUUCGUGAUCUUUACACUUCUCUUAUACACUGGCAAGCAGAUCUUCCAGAUAUAGAAAAAUUCCACUAUUUACGUAGUCAGCUGGAAGGAGAAGCACUAGCGGUUAUAGAUUCUCUUCCUUUAACCAAAGCAAACUAUACCGUAGCAUGGGAACUGCUAACCAAACGAUACUCAAAUACUAAGGUUCUCCGUAAACGACAAGUUCAAGCUUUGUUUGAGUUACCUUUCGCUAAACGAGAGUGUGCUGCUGAUCUCCAUUCAUUAUUGGAUACAUUCGAAAAAAUCGUAAAAACCUUAGAUCAGGUGACACCUCAGCAAGCUGAUUACAAGGAUAUGUUGUUAUUACACCUGCUGAGUUCUCGUUUAGACAAUGCUACAAGACGAAGCUGGGAAGAAUGGUCAUCAACCAAGGAUAUUGAUACCGUGAAGGAUCUUACUGAAUUUUUACAGCGACAUAUUAGAAUUUUGGAAUCGUUGCCUAAUAGGUCCACUGAUCAGAAAAUGGAACCUUCCCAAUCCAAAUAUCCAAAGAAGGCAUCAACGGUGAAGGCAUUUAAUACUACGGUUCAGAACCCUUCGGCGUCGGCAAAGUGUGUGGCAUGCUCGCAUAAUCAUCCUCUUUAUCAAUGCCAAUCAUUUCAUAGCCUACCUGUACCAGAAAGAGAUGCACUACUACGAAGUAACUCAUUGUGCCGAAAUUGCUUUCGGCGGGGUCAUCAUGCAAAGGAUUGUAACUCCAAGUUUACUUGCCAACAGUGCAAGGGGAAACAUCAUACACUCGUUUGUUUUAAGGGGAAGGCAAACGAAGGCAAGCCGAAUAACAAUACGGAUCUGAAAGCGUCUGAUAAGAGUGAGGAAAUACCCGAAGCAAAGGUGGUCAAUCUGGCGACUACUACCAAUACUACUUUAUCCUGCAAUACGACUACUAGUUCUACGGGUGUACUCUUGCUCACAGCUGUCGUUAUUUUAGAAGAUGAUCAAGGUCAUAAGGUUCAUGCAAGGGCACUGUUGAAUAGUGCAGCAGAAUGCAAUUUGAUCAGCAAGAGGUUGAGGAAAUAUUUAUCAGUCAAAGAGGAAAGCAGCAUGGUCGAAGUAGUUGGGAUUCAAGGUUUAGCAACAAAGGUGCAUGGGAAAAUUACAGUACAUAUUCACUCUCGCGUGUCGGAUUUUAAGCAAACGAUGGAAAUGUUUGUUUUGACCAAGAUAGCUGCCCAAAUGAAUACAGCUUUAAUCGACGCUGCCAAAUGGAAUAUACCAAGUGGGAUAGAAUUAGCCGAUCCAAAUAUUCUCCAAGAUGAUCAUGUUGAUCUCGUCUUAGGUGCAGAAUUUUUCUUUGAAUUCUUUUCCAGUAACCGUCGCAUUCGAUUGGGAGAUAAUUUACCAUCGUUAGUUGACUCAGUCUUUGGAUGGGUAGUUACAGGACGAUAUGCUGUGAAUGCUCCUACUAAAUCGGUUUUAUGUGAUGUGGCACUUACGAGUCGGUUGGAGGAUAUGCUAGAAAGGUUCUGGAAAUGUGAAGAUGUUGGUUUGGAAACUAAUUAUUCGCCAGAAGAAACUAGAUGUGAGAAUUAUUUCCUUCAAACCACACAGAGAGAUGCUUCAGGUCGGUAUAUAGUAUCCUACCCUAGGAUUGACGAACUGCUGACAAAGUUAGGCGAAUCCAAGGCGAUUGCGGAACGGCGAUUCUUGCAAUUAGAAAGACGGCUCGGUCGCGACGUAGAACUCCAGAGGCAGUACAAGGCAUUCAUGCUAGAAUACGAAACUCUGGGUCAUAUGAGGUUGGUCUCCCAGGAAGAAAAGGCGGAUAUCACCCGUUGUUAUCUUCCACAUCAUCCGGUGGUGAAGAACGAGAGUACUACCACCAAGGUACGGGUGGUAUUCGACGCUUCUGCUAAAACUGCAUCAAAUCUUUCCUUGAAUGACAGUUUAUGUGUUGGACCGACCAUCCAAGAGGAUUUACGCUCGAUCAUCUUACGCAGUCGUACCCGUCAGAUAAUGCUUGUAGCUGACAUAGAAAAAAUGUUUCGACAGGUGGAGGUCUGCCCUCAAGACAGACCCCUUCAAUCAAUUUUAUGGCGUACUUCCGCAAACGACCCACUAUCAACAUAUGAGCUGGCAACUGUAUUGUAUGGUACCAAGCCAGCUCCAUUCCUCGCUACCAGGACUUUAGUGCAACUUGCAAGCGAUGAGGAAACUCGAUUUCCUUUGGCAGCGACAGCGGUUCGAGAGGACUUUUAUAUGGAUGAUGCCAUAACAGGAGCAGACGACGCUAAUACGGCUAAAGAGUUGAGAAUUCAGUUGCAAUCUAUGUUGGAGCUAGGUGGAUUCAAAUUGAGAAAAUUUGCCUCCAACUGUGAAACAGUACUAAGCGGACUUCCGAAGGAAGACCUUUCGAUUCAAACAGAUGAUGGAAUUAGUUUGGAUAAUGACUGUAUGGUUAAGACUUUAGGUUUGAUAUGGAUGCCACACACGGAUGUUUUUCGGUUCAAAUUCGAUAUAAUACCACUCCAUUCGAGCGACCGAUUGACGAAAAGGAAAGUGCUAUCCAUAAUCGCCACCCUGUUUGACCCUCUGGGUCUCAUCGGAGCCGUCAUUACCCGUGCAAAAAUCUUCAUGCAACUUCUGUGGCAACUGGAAGAUAGUUCAAAGGGAAAGUUAGCCUGGGAUUCUCCUCUACCUACAAAUGUAGCAGAAGAGUGGAUUCGAUUUCACCAACAAUUGCCAUCGCUCAACAACAUUCGAGUUGAACGCUUAGUAAUGUUGAAACGACCAAAAUCAUCUCAAAUACACAUAUUUUGUGAUGCUUCGCAAAAGGCUUAUGGCGCCUGCGCAUACAUCAGAAGCGAAGAUGCAUUGGAAAGGAUUAAGGUAGCCCUUUUGUCGUCGAAAUCUCGAGUUUCACCGUUGAAAAUACAAACCAUUCCUAAGCUAGAGUUGUGUGGAGCAUUGUUGGCAGCUGAGUUGUAUUCAAAGGUGAAAAGGGCUGUCCGGUUCGCAUCAGAAAUAUUUUUUUGGACGGAUUCUUCCACAGUUCUACGUUGGUUAGCUGCCACACCCUGUAUAUGGACAAUUUUUGUGGCGAAUCGUGUAGCCAAGAUACAAAAUUUAACUGAGAAUUGUCAUUGGUUUCACGUACCAGGAGAGCAAAACCCUGCGGACCUCCUUUCGAGGGGAGUUGCUCCUGAAGAUUUAUUUGAUAAUAAAUUUUGGUGGGAAGGCCCAUCUUGGCUAGGUAAGAACCCUGAAAUCUGGCCAAAACAACAAUCCUGGUCGUCGGAAUGUGUAGAGGAGGAGAGGAGACGUGUUGUGCUAGCGGCAAGUACUGAAGGUCACAGUUCCAUAGAACACUAUAUAUCCCGAUUUUCCAACUAUACGGCUAUGGUUCGAUGUACAGCAUACUGUCUUCGAUUUAUACAAAACUCUCGGAAACGGAAGAAAGGUAACCGAACGUUUGGUGCUCUAACGAUUACGGAGUUGCAAGAGGCCGAAUUUAAGAUUUUACGGAUUAUUCAGGAGGAACAAUUUAGCAGUGAGAUGAAGGCUAUAUCCAACGGAGAAUGCUUGUCACGAUCAUCGCCUUUGCGUUGGUACGUUCCAUUCAUAGCAGCUGACGGCAUUCUAAGAGUAGGAGGAAGGUUAGGGCAAUCGAGAGAGUCUGAAGAAGUGAAACACCCCAUCGUGCUUCCCGCCAGACAUUUAAUCACCAAACUUCUUAUGCGUCACUACCAUUUAAAAUUGAUGCAUGCUGGACCUCAACUGAUGCUGAGUAACAUUCGGUUGCGGUAUUGGCCUCUUGGGGGAAGGAACGUGGCGAAAACGGUGUGUCAUCAUUGUUUAAUAUGUUACCGCAGGAAACCUAAGGCAAUUGAGCAGUUUAUGGCGGAGUUACCUGCGCAGAGAGUAGCUGUAACGAGACCAUUCUCAACGACAGGCGUUGACUAUUUCGGACCGGUGUAUAUACGACCAGGAUACAGACGAAUUGCAGUGAAGGCGUAUGUUGCCGUUUUUGUGUGCUUCUCCACAAAAGCAGCACAUUUGGAGUUGGUUACGGAUUUAUCGACAGCACGGUUUAUUCAAGCAUUGAGGAGGUUUAUAGCACGACGGGGAAAGUGCGCCAAUUUGUGGUCCGACAACGGCACCAACUUUGUAGGAGCACGAAAUCAGAUGAAAGAGCUUCUCUUGAACCUUAAACGUAAAGAGCAUCACGAUACUGUGGCGAGAGAGUGUGCGGACGAUGGAAUACAAUGGAAUUUUAUUCCCCCCGGCGCUUCUCAUUUUGGAGGUCUUUGGGAGGCCGCAGUCCAAUCAGCAAAAACACAUUUACUCAAGGUAUUAGGUGACUCGGCGGUUUCUUAUGAAGACAUGGUCACUCUAUUAGCACAAGUGGAAUGUUGUUUAAAUUCGCGGCCAUUAACUCAGCUUUCGGAUGAUCCUAACGAUCUACAACCGUUAACACCAGGCCAUUUUUUGGUUGGGUCUGCCAUGCAAGCUUUACCAUCAGCAGAUUACACACAAACUGUGAUAGGACGGCUAAACCUUUGGGAGACUGUUCAGCGAAGAGUACAAGACUUCUGGAAACGGUGGAGGACCGAGUAUCUAGUUCAACUUCAAGGAAGAACUAAAUGGUGGAAACCUCCGGUAGGUGUGAAUAAAGGUAGCUUGGUGGUAAUACGUGAUGAUAAUCUGCCACCAACACGCUGGAAAUUGGGGAGAAUAAUAGAAACACAUCCAGGACCAGACGGUGUAGUUCGUGUUGUUUCUCUUAAAACAGCAAGCGGAAGAGUGGAGAGACCAGUAGAUAAAAUUUGCAUAUUACCGGUUGCGACACCCGACGAAGAAGAACACGUGAAGAACGUUUAG